AUGCCAGACCGCAGUCUGUCGCAUGAUUCCCGCGAUGGAAGCUCUCCGGAGCCAGAACGUGAUCGCGACAGACCACGCGACCGUGACAGGGAUAGAGAAAGAGAUAGGGAUAGGGACCGAGAGAGAGACCGGGAAGGAGAUCACGACCGCGACUUGGACCGAGACCUCGAUAUUGAUCGGGAUGUCGAUCGAGAUCUAGAACGAGACAGAGACCGCGACUACGAUAGGGACAAAGACAGAGAAAGAGAAAGAGAAAGAGAAAGAGAAAGAGAAAGAGAAAGAGAAAGAGAAAGAGAAAGGGACCGAGAUAGAGAUCGCGACAGAGAUCGCGACAGACCACUAGAUGAUGCAAGGGACAGAGAUCGCGACAAUGGGAGAGACAGAGAACCCCGCGAUAGAGACCAUCCUUCGAAUUCUAGCAAGCGAAACAGUAUCACCGACCGCCUGCUUGGAUCGUUUAGAGCAGUUCGUGGUGAAAAGGAGAAGGAAAUCCCAAUUCCAGCUGUCGCGUCCUCAAUUCAACGCCGGGCAUCUUCCGCUGUUACCAAGGGUGGCCCAGUUCUUCGCAUUCGCGAGUGGCUUGACGCUUGUAACGCGGAUCACCACCACCACUGCGCCGUAUCUUCUGAUAUUGAUAUCACAACAUGGCGCCCUACCUGGCUUAUUGACGUCGUUGAGCGGCGCCUAGUCAAGGCAACACCCAAGGACCGUUAUUUGGCUCUCAGCUAUGUCAGCGGUACCCAGCGCAACGGAGCACAGAUGUUUACACAUCUACUUCAGUCUAAUGUGGAAGCUUUCCAAGACCGCCUGCCUAACCUCGACAUGCCUCAAACUUAUCUGGACGCCAUGUGGCUUGCUAAGAAACUUGGAAUUCGACACAUUUGGAUUGACCGUAUCUGUAUAACUCAGGACAAUCGGGAAGAGAUGGAUGAUCACAUUAAGCACAUGGCAUACGUCUUUUCUAAUGCUUACCUUACUAUUGUUGCAGCUACUGGCGAUGUCCAUACAGGACUGCCUUCACUUGAUCCAAAACGAUCAACGCGCGGCCUUCGAACUACUGGUCGUACUCACCAAGAGUUGGUUGCCGCCUCGCCAUGGUAUACGAGGGGCUGGACUUUAGUAGAGCGCAUUUAUUCUCGACGUUCGGUCUUUUUCUUUGAAGACUCAAUAACCUGGGAAUGUCACUGCGAGACAUGGCAGGGAAGUCCAAACAGUGUGAUGAAGAAGCUCAGAGGAGGUCGCCAAGAGUGUACAGGCGCUGUCCCUGAUGCUGCGUUUGCGUUUCAGCACCCGCCUUGGCCUGAUCUUGAUGAGUAUUCCCGCUAUGUGAUGGAAUACAGCGCACGGAAAUUGACGCUUGUCGACGAUACGCUGCCUGCUUUUGCUGGAAUCACUCACGUUCUAUCCCGCUCUUUUCCUGGCGGCUUCAUCUAUGGUAUGCCGAUAAUGUUCUUGGACAUUGCUUUGCUGUGGCGCCCACACGCAUCCAUUCGACGAAGAGCUCUCUGUCGUCCACCAUUUCUCCCAUCUUGGUCUUGGAUGGGCUGGUGGUUCGACAACAUUCCGGUCGACUUGACUUUGUGGAGAGCCGCUGCAGACUAUGUUGAAGAGGCUCGGACCGGAAAACGUGGUCAAGAGACCAAGCGAUACCGAUCCGCUCAUCCUUUCCGGAUCAAACCUACCGUUACUUGGAGCUUGACGGACCGAGCCGCAACCGCCCCGGUUUUGAACACCGGUCUUCAGUACCGUGAUCUUCGGGGUCGUCGGAGCCCUAGUUCGGAGCUCCCUCCAGGAUGGUCUCGCACUGGCUCGUACUAUGUUCACGAUAGUGACGAGUCUGCGUUGUUCAAAUACCCCGUCCCUGUCGAGGAUCCUCCCGAGACGGGUGGUUAUGAGCCACCUGUAGGCGAGCAAGCUUACCCCGGCCCACUGCUCUCAUUCAAAACAACAAGUGGUUUUUUUGAGGUUGAGUUUCACACUACUCUCGCUCAUCGCGAUCGAACCAAUCCACCCCUCGCUGUAGGUACCAUUUGGAAUAAGGCAAACCGAUGGGCAGGCCAGUUCCGUGCUCACGACGCUUGGCUCGGUAUUCAGUCUUCCAACUAUGAUGGUGAAGAACGACUGGAGUUCAUCGCCAUAUCAACGGCUACAGAGCGCCGUGGUUCGCACGUAUUUGAUAAUGAGAAGUUUGAGGAGCAUAUGGAUGCAGACGAGAUGAUUGACUUUGUUAACGUGCUUUGGAUCGAGCGUAUUGGAGAUAUUGCGUACCGAAGGGGUGUUGGUCAGAUCUUACUUAAGACCUGGGAGGCACAAGCCAAGGAUGAGGUAGGAAUUCUACUUGGUUAG